AUGCCGGAAAUCGAUCUCAUGAGAGUCGUCGAUAAAUGCGUCGCUGAUGUGAAAUUGAACGAUUCUUCUCCUUCUCCGAUGAUGAUUGAAGAGGAGGCUCCGGGUUUUGAGGGAUUCGACGGUGGUUCGGUUGAUGUGGAGGUGAAGCUAGAAGAAGAUUCCGAUUGUUUGAAGAAAAGCACCGGGAAGUCGGUUAGACGCGGUCGACCUCCGAGAACACUUGCUAAAGCUUCUUCUUCUACUUCGUCUCCGGUUUCUGCUACGUCUCAGUCGAGGAAGAGGAGAGAAGACGAAGAUGUUUGUUUUGUUUGCUUCGAUGGUGGUAGUCUUGUUCUCUGCGAUCGUAGGGGAUGUCCAAAGGUUUAUCACCCAGCUUGUGUUAAGCGAACUGAAGCAUUCUUCAGAUCAAGAGCUAAAUGGAAUUGUGGUUGGCACAUAUGUACUGCUUGUCAAAAGGAUUCCUUCUACAUGUGCUAUACAUGUCCAUAUUCUGUUUGUAAGAGAUGCGUUAGAAGCUCAGAGUAUGUAGUUGUAAGGGAAAACAAAGGAUUCUGUGGAAUCUGCAUGAAGACUAUAAUGCUUAUUGAGAAUGCAGCUGAAGCUAAUAAAGAAAAGGUUCAGGUUGAUUUUGACGAUCAAGGCAGCUGGGAGUAUCUUUUUAAGAUUUACUGGGUUUCCCUUAAGGAAAAGCUAUCUUUAUCGUUAGAUGAUCUUACCAAAGCAAAAAAUCCAUGGAAAUCUUCUUCGUCGACUGCUUCUAAGAGAAGAGCUACUAGUCGGGUUCUUGAUAAGGAUGAUGGCAAUUCUCCUGGGGUUAUGAAAGCAAGUCGUGCUAAACUAAGGAAAAUGGAAGCUGUUUCUUUGUGUAAAUUGGGCUCUUCUUUGGAAUCAAACAGUUCUUUGGGUGACAGACUUCCACCAUUGACUAGUGCUGCCGCCGCGUGGGCAACAGAUGAGCUCUUGGACUUUGUGGGCUAUAUGAAAAACGGUGAUAUUUCCGUCCUAUCAAAGUAUGAUGUCCAAACUCUCGUGCUAGAGCAUGUGAGACGAAAUAAUCUGCAAAACUCCCCGCAGAAUUUAGAAAUAAUGUGUGACCCUAAGCUUAUGAAAUUGUUCGGGAAGGAGCGAGUGGAUCACGUGGAAAUGUUAAAGCUUCUUGAUUCUCACUUCCUCGAUCAAGAGAGUUCUCCGGUUACAGAUACCUCAGCCAGAGGAGUCACUGAAACUAGGUCCUUCCAGGUUGAUGGAAGCAGAAGCUGCAGUAGGUUUAAUACAUCUGAACAAUGUCAAGAAGGAGAGUCACAGCAAUUGAACGUGCACAAUAUUAAGGUUGCACCUUCCAGUUUCGUUAGCAGAAACCAUGCCGGUAUAAAAUCUGAAACAGGUGACACUCUGUCAAAUAAGCCAAUUGAUGGCUUGGACACCAAUAUGAUAUGGUUAUAUGGAGAUCCAGAUGGGAGGAUUCAUGGACCAUUUUCCUUACUGAACCUGCAACAAUGGAAUUCAAGCGGGCAUUUUCCGCCUGAGCUGAGAAUAUGGAGGUUGGGUGAACUGCAAAAUAGCUCCAUACUUUUGACUGACGCUUUGAGUGGGCAGUUCCAUAAAGGAGGGUCGCUUCAGAACCAUUCUGUCCCCCAGCAGGAAGUGACAGCUACUAUAGCUAAUGAUCAAAAUAGGAGUGUGGCUGCUGCUAAACUAGAGAGAAGAGUUCUUGACUUUAGCCCCAACUCAGUGUCCACUGACCAGAGUGUCAUUUCUAGUAGUAACAGUGUCAUCACAAGGAGCUCAGAUGCGAGCAACAAAGGCGGAAACAAUUUUAGCCACACUGUGCCAUUGGAUUUUACUCUUUCUAAUGAAAGGGAGACUGUAGGUUCUGGCUCUCUCUGGAACCAAACGAAAGUUGAAAGUCCUUUGGUUGGACAAAGCCCAAUAAGCUGUUCGCUUUCGCUGGCUACAUUUCCCAGAAACUCAAAUUGCUCUGUACAACAGCAUGAAAGAUGGAAUGCUGGUCAAAUAGACGCAGAUGGAAACGACACAGUAAAGAAUGCUUGCAAUCAAAACGGUAUUGGUCUUAGUGGUGCGGGUGAGAAACAAGUAACGGCUACAGUCCAGUCGUGUGGACAAAACUGGAAUGCUGCUACUCCAAGUAGUGCUUCAAAUGUGUGGGAUUCUAACUCGGGUUUGGUGUCUUUCACAGACAAUCAAGAAAUCGACUUUCUAGAUCUCUUUAGUCCGACCUUCAAAUUAAACUUUGCAUCUACGACCACGGAUUGGCAACCCAUUGUAGCUGGACCUGACGAAUGUGAUGAGUCAGUCUCAGAUCUUUUAGCGGAAGUCGAAGCCAUGGAGUCUCAGAAACGUCUUCCUUCUCCAACUUCAACAUACAAUGGUCCUAGAGAAAUAUUCCACCACUCCAUUAACGAUAGCUUCAGUCCCGCAGAAGGACAUAGCCCAGCACUUGAUGUAAGCAAAGGUGACUCCAUGAGCUCAACAAACGAUCUGCAAAUGCAUUCGCGAUCUAACAACGCUGUGCAUUUUUAG